AUGACCAAGAAGUUGCUUGCCUCGCUUCUCACCGCGUCCCUCGCCGCAGCCGAGCUCUGCGCAAACAUCAACACCUCCACCUCCAAGCCAAAUCCGAGCGCUUUCCAAAGCAAAGGGAAAUGCACCGAAACGUGCCAAGGCUCUGCCUACGGCAUCCUCCAGGGCGGCAACUGCUGGUGUUCAAACUACGGCCCUGAUCAGGAUGCCCAGCGCACAGGCUGCACCUCGCCCUGCCCCGGGUACCCGUUCGACAUGUGCGGUGCGAUCGGAUUGUACAGCUACGUACUGCUGAAUGAGGGAAUGGUCCAGGGCGUCAAAGGCUCCGUCGAGUCUACGAGCACCGCCUCCUCCGUAGCCGCGACGACGACUUCGCAGGCAACGUCGUCGAAUACGUCGGCACCUUCCACAACCGCGACGACUGCUUCCGCGACCGAGCCCCAGCGGCAAGACGUCACGGCCACGAUUUUCGUCACCCCGACCGCCGCUUCUGCCGCGCCGGCGCCAGACCCGCCCCCUCCUGUGACGGGGCCGGUGCUGGCAGGAAUCAUUGUCGGCUCGCUCGCCGGCCUCGUCGUCCUCGCCGUCUGCGCCUAUCUGCUCUACGCGCGCCGAAGAGACGGCGGUCCCCAGAUGCAUCGAAAGACGGCCUCGACGUCGACUGAGUCGGUGCAUCCCUUUGCCAAACCCUCAUUUGCGGAUACGAGCGGCCCACUGGAGAUGUACAGCAGGGGUAGGCUGAGUGUCGAGACCGUCGAGGCUUACAUGCCGGGUAAAUCGCUCCGGGUGAUGAAUCCGGAUCCACCCGAGGGGACGUGA